ACGUUUCCUUGUAGGAUUGGGAUUUGGAAAUUCUUUCCCUUAUAUAUAUACUCCGUAUGCGUGUGUAAAAUGUAAAAACAGAUGGAAUUCUUCUUUCGUGCUUAAUCUUCCACAAAUACACCAUUAACUAUCACUCUGUACGUGCUUAACAAAAUAAUGUCGGCGGCUGCUCCACUAACUGGCGGGUACAUAGAUGGGUUGGUCUACCAAGAUCCCCGCCAUGGUCAACUCUCCAUUCGGCUCAUAACCAAAGCUCUCGCUAUCUCCGGAGGAUUUUUCCAGACACUCGGCGACCGCGCUUUCGCUCGACCCUUCGACCCCCUCCGCGUUCUGUCCUCGCCGGAAAACGCCUUCGCCUAUUUCUCCGCCGCGCUCGCCGGCGUCGUCGACCCCAUAGACGCCCCGGCGUUCGCCGCCCAUAUGGUCCAAUUCGCCCUCGAGAACGUCACCGUCCGGGGUUGCGUCCGGUUCGGGAUAUCCCUGUCGGCGGUCUUGGAGACGGUUCACCUCAUGGAGCCGGAGGCGGGGCCGAGGACGCCGGCGACUCGGGCGGCCGUGGAUGCGCUGGAUGAUUGGAUCACGGACUACAUGUUUCGGACGUUUGAUAGCAGCUGGGGACCCGCCGUCGGGCCUGGGUUGUCGGAAGAUGAGGUCGCCGCGCUGGAGAAAGAGAGGUUCGCCGGAGAGGAGGAGGAGGCGACGUCGUGUGCGGUGUGCCUGGAGGAGUACAUGGAGGGUGACGUCAUCACUCCCCUGUCGUCUUCCUGUUCGCAUAAGUUCCACAACGAGUGCAUCGCGAAGUGGUUGAGGAGGAAGAGGACUUGUCCCGUCUGCCGUGCUCCGGUCACCGGCGGCCGUCAAAGCUGAAUAAUUAAUCAAGAGGAUUAGCUAAAUAAACCCUAUUGUUAGAUGAUCGAUAAUCUUUACAAAAUUUCAGCUCUAAAUAUUUUAACGUUAUUGUGAAACAUGCUUAUUUUAGGUUUUUUCCACUCGUACGUUACAUGUUAUGGUUAAUUUUUUUUUUACAUAUCUAUAAACUAGAAUGAUAUGA